UCUGGAUUCAAUUAGGGAGCUGAGUUACGCAGGAGAGGAGAGAACGAGACGGAGAGCUGGGGUCUGGCUAUGCGGCUAAGCCUGCUGGUCCUGCUGCUGGGAAUCCCGUCUGCCCGGAGUCAGGAUGCCAACGCCUUCCCCCACCCGGGAGAGAGCUCGCAGCCCCCACCCCGCGCCUGUCCACCCCGCUGCUCCUGUCCUCUAGAUGACACAGUGGACUGUGAGGGGCUGGACCUGGAGCUCUUCCCUGACAACAUCACCAAAGCCGCCCAACACCUCUCGCUGCAGAACAACCAACUUCUGGAGAUCCCCUACAAUGAGCUGUCCCGCCUCAGCAAUCUCAAGACCCUCAACCUGCACAACAACCUCAUCUCCUCUGAAGGCCUUCCAGAUGAAGCUUUUGAGUCCCUGUCGGCACUCCAGUACAUCUAUCUGGCCAACAAUAAGCUCACAGUGGCCCCCCAAUUCCUGCCUCGCUCCCUGCGCAUCGCUGACCUGGCGGCCAACCAGCUGACCGAAAUCUACCCACUCACAUUCGGAGAGAAACCUGGGCUCAGGUCUGUGUACCUCCAUAACAACCAGUUGAGCAACGCCGGUCUCCCUUUUGAGGCCUUCAAUGGCUCAGAGGCCGUCACCACCCUCAUCCUGUCCAGCAACCAACUCAGCUACCUCCCGCCUAGCCUGCCCCCAUCGCUGGCCAGACUUCACCUACAGAACAAUCGGAUUACCUGGGUGCCCCGGGGGGCCCUGAGCCGCCAGCAGAAACUGCGGGAACUCUACCUGCAAAACAACAACCUGUCUGACACGGGCAUAGACCCCUCCACCUUCAGCAAGCUCAAGAGCCUAGAAUACCUAGAUCUGUCCAACAACCAUCUGGGGGAGGUACCAGCCGGCCUCCCCCCGGGCAUCAUCAUCCUGCACUUGGGCAGGAAUCGGAUCCGCCACCUCCCCGCCGAGCGACUGAGCCAGGUGCGGGGGCUGCAGUACCUGCUGCUGCAGAACAACGAGCUGGUGGCAGGUGGGGUGCACCGUGACGCCUUCCUCCGCCUCCGUGCCCUCCACACCCUGCACCUUUACAACAACCAGCUGGAGCGGGUGCCUGAAGGGCUGCCCAGGCGGGUCCGUUCCCUCAUGCUGCUUCACAACCGCAUCGGGGCCAUCGGUCCCGAUGACUUUGCAACCACCUACGCCCUCACUGAGCUCAACCUCAGCUACAACCAGCUCUACAGUGCCCGGCUCCACCGCCUGGCCUUCCGCAAGCUCCGCCAGUUGCAGACCCUCGACCUGGCAGGAAACCACCUGACCCUGUUGCCCGCCGGGCUGCCCGCCAGCCUGCAGGUGCUCAAACUGCAGAAGAACCAACUGAAUACUCUGGGGCCUGAGGUGCUGGUGGGGAUGAAUGGGCUCAGGGAGCUGCACCUGGCUCACAAUAGGCUCCGGAUCGGCUCCAUCGCCCCCGGAACUUGGCAGGAAAUCCUGGGCCUCAAGCUCCUGGAUCUCAGCAGCAACGAAUUGUCCUUCGUGCCCCCGGAUCUGCCCGAAGCCCUGGAGUACCUCUACCUGCAGAAUAACCGUAUCAGCAGUGUAGGCUCGGAGGCCUUCCUCACCACGCCCUACCUGCGGACACUCAUCCUUAGGUCCAACCGGCUGCUCAUGACCAGUAUUGCCCCAGGGGCCUUUCUGGACCUGGCACACCUGGAGGUGGUGGAUACUACGGGCAACCUGGAACCUGUCAUCGUCAAGCUGCCCAAGCCCCGACGCCAACCCCGAGCUAGCCCUAAGGACCCCUGAGUUGAGCCGGCAAGCGGCCCGCAGAGACCCUGGGGUCCUCCUUUGGCACACUGCCUAGCUCCCCCUGCUACUGUUUUCCCUUCAGGCUCUGCUACACUGCACUUGUGGCAUCCAAGGGACUGAUGCCCGCUCUCUCUUCCUGCAUCUCAAGGGCUGGGAGCUGGCACGGUGAGCAGAAGGCUCAAGGAGUAGGGCAUUAUGUUGGCCAGAGAGGGCACAGUGCCAACUCCUCCACCCUCCGGCUGGGCCGGGUAUGCGCUCCCUCACCUCCCUGUAUUUAAUAGAAAUGGGUAUUUAUGCUCCAUGACCGCUACCUCCAGCUCUCAAUCAAUUAGUGGUAUUUAUUGAGCGCUUUCUGUGUGCAGAGCACUGUACUGAGCGCUUGGGAGAGUACGAUGCAACAGAGUUGGUAGACAUGUUCCCUGCCCACACCAGUUUACAGUCCAUGGGAGAGUAUGGAGGGUUGGUAGGAGGAAGCGGAUGACAGAGUGACCCAAUCCAAAGAUGUUUCUCUCUUUUGCACUCUUGCUCUCUCCCCACUCAGACACACACACACUCUCUCUCUCAUACACACGCACACAAUGUAGGCAGAAGGCAGGACAAUGAGAGAAAAGGAGAGACUGAGCCAUGACUCAUGUG